CUUCUAGCACGGAGAUCCGCACUCAUGCAUCAACUAAGCCUGUAUGCUGCGAAGCAUCGAAUGUUCGUCACGUGUAAGGUCCCAAGCCCUGGCGCCCCUCAUACAAAAGUCUUGGUACCUGCCGAUUCAGGCACAGGUUGCAAUCAUUCCUUCUUGGCACCUUCCAAUGCGAGAUCACAGGGCCCGGAUAUUGUGAUGAUCGUAUCUUGACCGCUCUGCAAGGGCAAUGGCGUCUUGGUCACGAUAUGGCGAGAUAGUGAUAUAAAUGAAGGCACCGGCACGAGUUCGGAUGAGUGGUUCGACCACCUGAGUUGCCUUCAAUCCACCAGCUUCUGGGUUUCAAAUCACUUUGAGAUUAACCUCAAGAUUGAUUGAACUUUCGAAAGUCGAUCAUGAAGACCGUUGCAUCAGUUGCCGUGGCGCUUUUCGCCUGGCAGUCUUUUGCCACCGAGCCUUUGACUCCAGAAAAGAUCGAGGCGGGUGUCAAGCAAGUUGACCUGGAGCGCAAUCUCUGGAACUUGAAUCAAAUCGCCAAGAAGAACGGUGGAAACAGAGCUUUUGGUCUUCCAGGAUACAAAGCAUCUUCGGAUUAUGUGCUCGAAAGAGUACAAACCAGAUUUGGGAACACUUUCGACACGACUCUUCAAUACUUCAACCACACUUUCGAGCAGACUCGUGAUAUUUCAGUCACUGGUCCAGAUGGAGAGGACGUCCCAGUGAUCACAUUGCUUUACAACAAUGCUACCCCACUACCUGGUGGAGUUACUGCUCCUCUUAUCGACACCCCAGUCAAUGAUGUGACAGGCUCAGGAUGUGAGGCAGCUGAUUGGGAGGGUAUUGAUCCUACUGGAAAGAUUGUCCUCAUCAAGCGUGGUGUUUGCGCCAUCUCCAUCAAGCUGAAGUUUGCAAAGGACCUCGGUGCUCUUGGUGCCAUCCUCUGGCAUCAAGUUUAUGGCGUCCCUAACAGCGCCACUCUCGCUGCCGAGAAUAUUGGCCUCAUUAGUCCUGUGGCUGUCGUCGCCAAGCCAAUUGGAGAGGCAUGGAAGGCACGUCUCGCAGCUGGCGAAGAAUUGAUCGUCAAUCUCCUCGUCGACUCUGUUUUUGAGGAACGUGAGAGUUGGAACAUCUUCUCUGAGACCAAGGAAGGCGACCCAAACAGCGUUGUCAUGCUCGGUGCUCAUUUGGACUCUGUCCAGGCUGGCCCAGGUAUUAAUGAUGAUGGAUCAGGAACCUCCGGCAUCUUGGAAGUUCUGACUGCUUUCCGUCACUACAAGGGAUACAAGAACAAGGUCCGCUUUGCUUGGUGGGGUGCUGAAGAGAGUGGCCUCGUCGGAUCUCUCUACUAUACUUCCCAUUUGAGUGAGGAAGAGGCAGACAAGAUCAAGUUCUACUUCAACUACGACAUGAUAGGCUCUCCAAACCCAAUCUGGGCUGUCUACAGAGGCGACAACCCAGGUGAUGCCCCAGGAGCUAAGAUCCUCUACGACUACCUCGUUGCCAAGGGCAAGCCAGCAUACUACGGCGGCUUCGGAACAGGCUCAGAUUAUGUUGGAUUCCUCCAGCUAGGCAUUCCAUCUUCUGGUCUGUUUACCGGAACCACCAAUGAUCCAUGUUACCAUCUGGUAUGUGACACUACCAGCAACAUCGAUACCGAAGCCCUGGUCAUCAACUCCAAGGCCGCUGGUGUGGCUGCUGCAAAAUUCGCACUCUCUUUGGAGGGUGUUCCACCCCGUACCAAGACCACCGUCAACCGCAGAAACAAGAUGCAGAUUCGUGCCGAGUUUACCAAGUGGGCUCAUGCUGCUCAGGAGGCUGCUGGGGCACACAGCUGCUCGCACAAGAGCAACAAUGUUGUAUAGAACGGUGACAUUUGGAUCUUGGGAGGAGGGCGAGAGACAUGCAAAUACAGAAAAUUGUGCGCAUAUUUUCGCCUCUCUAAGAUUUUAAAAGUUUGGAUAUAAUGCAAAAAUUUAAUGUACACUGCAUACUAUUCUCUUUGAGUCGGUCAUGGUGUUUAUGUGAUGUCCACUUAGUAUGUAUCCUAAGCGAGGACACCUGAUCCAUCAUGAAUCAACAGUCAACGUCGCAAUAUGGUUACUAGCUUCAAAUGAGAAAUUUGGUUUGGAGAUAGUGUCUCCAUUGACCUCGGUC